UUUGUCUUUCCCUCCCUAUUUCUUCUUCAUUUUAUCUCCCUUUGUUCUACACACUACUGUAUGUUCUUAUUACCUGGACACUUCUCUCUCUCUCCCUCGCUUUCACUCCCCAACAUUAUCUUUAGCUCUUCUCCUUAGCAUCCCUUAUCCAUUCUUCCCUCUCAAGAGCCCAAGAUUCUGAGGAUAGCAUAACAAUCCUUUGGAAAGAUGGAGAUCACUAAUGUCAGCGAAUAUGAAGCAAUUGCAAAGGAAAAAUUGCCGAAGAUGGUUUUUGACUACUAUGCAUCAGGAGCAGAGGACCAAUGGACUCUUAAUCAGAACCGGCAAGCAUUCUCAAGGAUUUUGUUUCGACCUCGGAUUCUUAUUGAUGUAAGCAAGAUAGACAUGACAACAACUGUUUUGGGCUUCAAAAUCUCAAUGCCCAUCAUGAUUGCUCCUACUGCCAUGCAGAAGAUGGCUCACCCUGAGGGAGAGUAUGCAACUGCAAGAGCAGCAUCAGCCGCCGGCACAAUCAUGACGCUAUCUUCAUGGGCUACUUCCAGCGUCGAAGAGGUUGCUUCAACAGGACCUGGCAUUCGCUUUUUCCAGCUCUAUGUUUACAAAGACAGGCAUGUGGUUGCACAGCUCGUAAGGAGAGCUGAAAGGGCUGGUUUUAAGGCAAUUGCCCUUACUGUGGACACUCCAAGGCUUGGUCGCAGGGAGGCUGACAUCAAGAACAGAUUUGUGUUGCCCCCAUUUUUGUCAUUGAAGAACUUCGAGGGAUUGGAUAUGGGGAAGAUGGAUCAGGCUAAUGAUUCUGGCCUAGCUUCAUAUGUUGCUGGACAAAUUGAUCGCUCUCUCAGCUGGAAGGAUGUGAAGUGGCUUCAGACAAUCACCGAUUUACCAAUUUUUGUGAAGGGUGUAAUUACUGCUGAGGAUGCAAGGCUAGCCAUACAAGCUGGAGCAGCUGGAAUCAUUGUGUCCAAUCAUGGAGCUCGACAACUUGAUUAUGUCCCUGCAACUAUUAUGGCUUUGGAAGAGGUUGUCAAAGCUGCACAAGGCCGAGUUCCAGUAUUUCUGGAUGGCGGUGUUCGGCGUGGGACAGAUGUCUUUAAGGCAUUGGCUCUUGGAGCAUCCGGCAUAUUUAUUGGAAGGCCGGUGGUGUUCUCAUUGGCUGCUGAAGGAGAGGCUGGUGUCCGAAAAGUGCUUCAGAUGCUUCGUGAGGAGUUUGAACUGACAAUGGCAUUAAGUGGUUGCCGCUCACUCAAAGAGAUUACCCGUGACCACAUUGUGGCUGAAUGGGACCGUCCUCGUCUUCCACCCAGGCUGUAAGAUCGCCAUGCGUACAUGAAUGCUGCUGCCAUGCUAGCUAGUGCUUCUCAUUCAUUACUGUGCAUGGUUGGAAACUCGGAAUGCUGAGUUUCAGGAACCUAUCUAUAAUCAGAAAUAACCUAUAUAUCUCAUGACUUAGGGUUCCAAAAACAUGCUUGAUCAGCAGUUCAAACUUCUGUAAUGAUGAUCAUAAAAUUAUCAUGACAUUUUCCUUGAUUUAUAUAUACAUCAAAUUAAUUAAGCUA